CAAUCCGCGCAGUAACAAACGAAGUGCGCGCCUCGACACCUCCCCGUUCGCCGCGCUCGGCCGCCAUUUCCUCGCCUGGCCUAACGGUCCGGCCAAUCCCAGCGCGCACCGAGGAGGGCUAAGACUCCGCCAAUCGGAGGCCGCCGACUCCGACCCCUUGCCUCGGCCCGGCCCAAUCCCGGCCCCGGCCCCGCCGCCCCCGGCCCGCCCCCGCGGCGCCCUCUCUCCUCCCUCUUUGUGCGUCUCGCGCCGCCGCCGCCGCCGCCGCCGCCGCCCGCCGCGUGAGAGGACGGGCUCCGCGCGCUCCGCGGCAGCGCAGUCGGGUCCCCUCCCCCCGGAAGAUUCGCGAAGGAGCCGCCGCCGCCGCGAAGGAGCCGCCGGUGCCAGUCCCCGGGGGCACCAUGGCGACCGGAGCGAACGCCACGCCGCUGGACUUCCCAAGUAAGAAGCGGAAGAGAAGCCGCUGGAACCAAGACACAAUGGAACAAAAGACAGUGAUUCCAGGAAUGCCUACAGUUAUCCCCCCUGGACUUACUCGGGAACAAGAGAGAGCUUAUAUAGUGCAACUGCAGAUAGAAGACCUGACUCGUAAACUGCGCACAGGAGACCUGGGCAUCCCCCCUAACCCUGAGGACAGGUCCCCUUCCCCUGAGCCCAUCUACAAUAGCGAGGGGAAGCGGCUUAACACGCGCGAGUUCCGCACCCGUAAAAAGCUGGAAGAGGAGCGGCAUAACCUCAUCACAGAAAUGGUUGCUCUCAACCCUGAUUUCAAGCCACCUGCAGACUACAAACCUCCAGCAACACGUGUGAGCGAUAAAGUAAUGAUUCCACAAGAUGAGUAUCCAGAAAUCAACUUUGUGGGGCUGCUAAUUGGGCCCAGAGGGAACACCUUGAAGAACAUAGAGAAGGAGUGUAAUGCCAAGAUUAUGAUUCGGGGGAAAGGGUCUGUAAAAGAAGGGAAAGUUGGGCGCAAAGAUGGCCAGAUGUUGCCAGGAGAAGAUGAGCCACUUCAUGCCCUGGUGACUGCCAAUACCAUGGAAAAUGUGAAGAAAGCAGUGGAACAGAUAAGAAACAUCCUGAAGCAGGGUAUUGAGACCCCUGAGGACCAGAAUGAUCUCCGGAAGAUGCAGCUUCGGGAGUUGGCUCGCUUGAACGGGACCCUUCGGGAAGACGACAACAGGAUCUUGAGACCCUGGCAGAGCUCAGAGACCCGCAGCAUUACUAAUACCACAGUGUGUACCAAGUGUGGAGGGGCUGGCCACAUUGCUUCUGACUGCAAAUUCCAAAGGCCUGGUGAUCCUCAGUCUGCUCAGGAUAAAGCGCGGAUGGAUAAAGAGUAUCUGUCCCUCAUGGCUGAGCUGGGUGAAGCGCCCGUACCGGCAUCUGUGGGCUCCACCUCUGGGCCUGCCACCACCCCGCUGGCCAGCGCACCUCGGCCUGCUGCUCCCGCCAACAACCCACCUCCACCGUCUCUCAUGUCCACCACACAGAGCCGCCCACCCUGGAUGAGUUCCGGCCCUUCAGAGAGUCGGCCAUACCAUGGCAUGCACGGAGGUGGUCCUGGUGGGCCUGGAGGUGGCCCCCACAGCUUCCCACACCCAUUACCCAGCCUGACAGGUGGGCAUGGUGGACAUCCCAUGCAGCACAACCCUAAUGGACCCCCACCCCCUUGGAUGCAGCCGCCACCGCCACCGAUGAACCAGGGCCCCCACCCACCUGGGCACCAUGGCCCUCCUCCAAUGGGUAAAUCAGUACCUGGGAAGUACGCCUGUGGGCUCUGGGGUCUAUCGCCUGCAUCAAGGAAAAGGUAUGAUGCCGCCGCCGCCUAUGGGCAUGAUGCCGCCACCGCCGCCGCCGCCCAGUGGGCAGCCCCCGCCCCCUCCCUCUGGUCCUCUUCCCCCAUGGCAACAGCAGCAGCAGCAGCCUCCGCCACCCCCUCCGCCCAGCAGCAGUAUGGCUUCCAGUACCCCCUUGCCAUGGCAGCAAAGAUCCCUCCCCGCGGCGGCGAUGGCCCGAGCCAUGAGAGUGAGGACUUUCCGCGCCCAUUGGUGACCCUUCCAGGCAGACAGCCUCAGCAGCGCCCCUGGUGGACAGGAUGGUUCGGCAAAGCAGCCUGAGUUAUUUUUGUGGACGGAAUCGGAACACGCUGGCUCCAUAUUGUGAAAUUUUUAUUAAUUUUUUUCUUUUUCCUUUGUUAUUUCCUUCUCUCUUCCUUUCUUCAGACUCCGUCCAAGGAGGUGCUCUCCCCGGUCUUCUGCUGCGAUUAGAUUCCUUUCCCUUUUCUCCAUUCCUCGCUCUUCUCUUUCCAAGGGGAGAGGAGCAAAUGGUUUUAGGCAAAGGCUUUGGCCAUUUAUGUCAGGCUAGUGGGGAGGGGGUGUUCCUUUGGUUCUGAGAUUUUCAAGGUGCCAUAGCCACCCCCGAAGUUGUUUGUUGUUUUUUUUUUUUUUUUUAAGUGUGGGGUUUUGUGUCUGCCAUCCUCGUAGAGUAGUGGGUUAAUCUCCAGGUCCCAAGUCCACAUCCAUCCUGGCACCCGUGCUGGCGGUCGGUGGGGCUGCCCAGGCCGCAGUGGGCUCGUCUGCCAGCCCACAGAGUCCGGUCCAUUCUCUCUGAGCGCCUCAGCUGCCUCGAUGCCAUUUGUUCCUCUCCUUCCUGGAAGGCUCUUUUUACAUUUUAUUUUAAUCCCAAACGUCUGAAUGUUUUGCAGUGUCUAGGGGUUUGAGCUCCUUGUUUUUCGUUCUGCUUCCUUCCCCCCCUUCCUCUUCAUGGAGUGAUUAUGUUGACAAUGAUGUAUAAUGCGCGUCUUCUUCACUGGGUUAUCCGCAGAAAUUUUUCUGGGCUUUUUUUUUUUGGUGUAUGAUUCAACACUGCGUUAAAGGGGGGUGUUCCAUUGAAUAAAAGAGCAGUGUGGUUUUC